AUGUCAUUUCAAAGUAGGACAUCACCUUCACAGUCUGUCUCUUCUCAAGAAUGGGCUAAAUUAUCAAAGACACAAUCCACUUCUACUGCUUAUUCUAUUGGAUCUUCAUCGAGUAGACAGACCAAUGCUUCUAUACAAGAGUCUUAUGCAAAACAGUAUUUUACAGAACUAGAAAAAUAUCUUGCGUCCAUGUUGUCAAGAGAGGCAGCAGAAGGCGUACCUCCUCAAAGAACAACAGCAAGACAAAAACUAUCUCGAUUAAACAAUCUACAGUUUCAUGAACUGGCAACAGAUGUCUAUGAUGAAAUGAUGCGAAGGCAACUCGACAGCAAAUCCUUUUUACCUUUACGCGAUGACUUUCAUCCAAGACGAAAUCAAGCAAGACAAAAAUUAGCUACAUUACCAACCACACGAUUUCAAGAUCUAGCCAGUGAUGUCUAUCAUGAACUCAAACGACGAUAUCCAUACCUUGUGUCUGAACAAGAUGUACAUGUUCCUCCUAUGCCUUCUAAAUCGAUUGAUGCACAAGCUCAUCCUAGUCAAUCAAUGCAUAUUGUGCCUGUGAAGGGUAUGAUUAGUGUGGAAGCCGUGAAUUUUAAUGAUGACGAUGAUCAACAACAACAACAACAACAACAACAACAACAACAACAGGCAUUCGGUGAAAAUCUACAAUCGUUAGACAGUUUGAUGGCAGAUUUGGGUAAUAUGGUCAAGACACCUCGACCUGACAUGACAUCGAUAACAGACACACAUGGAGAUGUAGGGAGUAUACGGUAUGAAUAUGAAAACAAGAUUGCAUCCAUGGCCAAAAGGAUAAAGAUGCUUGAAUUAUCUCUUGAGACAGAUCCAUCCGAUAGUUCAAGUGCAUCUAUCAAAUUGAGACAAAUGCAAAAAGAAUACAGCCAAUUGGAUAGUAAAUACAAUCAACUUAAUCAAGAACAUCAAGAACAACAAGUGGCUGUUCGUGAAGUUAAGCAUGAAAUCAAACAAUUGAUUGAAGAGCUGAAGCACUUAUCAAGUAAAAAUGAAGCCCUAAGAGCUCAGAAUGAGACAUCAGAAGCACAGAUCAAGACUCUAACAGACGAAAUGCGAUCAUGGAAAAGGAAAUACGAAACCAUCAGUAUGGAACUAAGAAGUUUUAAAGUGAGAUCAGUAAAUAUGGAUCAUGCUGAUUUUUCACAAGCAUUUCUGCUGAAACCAAAUCCUAAAGGAGCCAUUGGUCAUCAGUUUAUCAUUGAUUACCAGACAGCCAUUGAUGAAUUGAUGAAGACAUCAAGAUCAAGUAAGCCAACAGAUGUACUUGUAUCUAUGAGAACCAUUGUGAUGGCUUGCAAAUCGAUUACAUCCGAAGUAGAAGAAUAUGAACUGAAGGUAGGACUAUCCACAGAACAUCAGGAAUUACUGUAUGACAUCAAGAAACGGUUCUCGAAUGAAUUGACGAAUUUGUUGGCUGCCGCAAAGAACUAUGCUGGAGGCAUGGGUAUCAGUCCUGUGAGUCUAGUGGACGCUGCUGCUAGUAAUUUGACCAAUACCAUUGUGGAUCUUGUCAAACUACUAGGCAUGAGACCCAUUGAAGCGCAUGAUGGGCCGAGUCCUACAACACUUCCUCAUGCUGGUAUCAUGAAUCCACUUGAACUCUCGCAAUUCCUCAAGACGGAAACAGACCGUAUAGUUUCCUCAGUGCAAAACUUGUUGAGUGCGUUAAGAACAAGUGACGGUCAUCUGUAUAGCAUCAUUACCUCGAUUAUUGAUAUCGUGUCCAACAUUGUGCAUGUUGCCAAAAUGUCCUUUUCAAACGGUGAUGGCUUACGCUAUAAAAACCAGGGCAAUAUCAUCCUCAGUGACCUUGAUCGAUGCAACAGCAAGAUCAUUCGUAUUCGAGAUUCUUCUUUUGCUCAUGCACCUGAACAUGCCAAUGCUGCAGCCAAACGAAACUUGGCUCAAGAAUCUUAUGAAAUUGCCAAAUAUACAAAAGAACUCAUCAACAUGCUGGAUAUGUAA